AGGAUCAGCUCCUAAGACACUUCCGUGAUUUGUGAAGAGGUUCGGUUUAUUACUCGAGGCUAUGUUCCGCUUCAAUUUUUGGGUUUAACGGAGUGGAAAAGGCAGACAUUUCUUGUAACAAGAAUUGGAGUUUGAGUGACAAGAGGCAGACGGAAUCACCAUGACAGUGCACGUGCCUGGCGUCAUCGCCAUUGUUGUGUUUUACCUACUCAUCCUGGCUGUUGGUAUCUGGGCUUCCAGGAAGUCCAAGAGCAGCGAGAAGAAUGCUGACAGCGAGGAGGUGAUGCUAGCCGGCCGGAACAUCGGGCUGAUGGUCGGAGUGUUCACGAUGACAGCGACCUGGGUAGGUGGCGCCUACAUAAACGGCACGGCGGAGAUCAUCUACGGCAGUGGUCUGGUCUGGUGUCAGGCGCCUUUUGGAUAUGCUCUCAGUCUGGCCAUUGGCGGUUUGUUUUUUGCCAAGCGGAUGAGAGAGGAAGGCUAUGUGACUAUGCUGGAUCCUUUCCAGAGACAAUACGGAGGGCGCAUGGGCGGCCUGCUCUUCAUUCCAGCCCUUUUGGGGGAGACGUUCUGGUCAGCUGCCAUCCUUUCUGCGCUUGGUGCCACAUUAUCUGUGAUAAUCGAACUGGACAAUACCGUAUCGAUUAUCGUCUCAGCUCUGAUAGCCCUAAUGUACACCUUAUUCGGGGGCCUCUACUCAGUGGCGUACACGGACGUCAUACAACUUUUCUGCAUAUUUAUUGGGCUGUGGCUGGCCUUUCCCUUCGCGUUGACCAAUGACGCAGUAGGAAGUAUCACAGCUAACGCCACUGAAGUGUGGAUCAAGACUCUAGACCCCAAGGAUACCGGUUUUUACAUCGACUCCUCUUUGCUUCUCAUAUUUGGGGGAAUCCCCUGGCAGGUGUACUUCCAGCGGGUGUUGUCCUCUAAGACAGCGUUCCGGGCUCAGAUGCUGUCGUAUGUUGCCGCUGUAGGCUGUAUCGUCAUGGCCCUUCCUGCGGUGCUUAUCGGGGCAGUAGCCUCUGUCACAGACUGGAAUCAAACUGACUAUAAAGGUGCCGUGCCAAUUCCUCAGAAGGAACAGAAGUUGAUCCUACCCCUGGUGCUCCAGUACCUCUGUCCUGACGUCAUCUCAUUCAUCGGGCUGGGAGCAGUGUCCGCCGCCGUCAUGUCGUCUGCAGACUCCUCUAUCCUCUCCGCUAGCUCCAUGUUCGCACGGAACGUCUACAAACUUAUCUUCAGAGAAAACGCCUCUGAACGCGAGAUCAUCUGGGUGAUGCGUGGGGCCACCCUAGGGGUGGGGAUUCUAGCUACUAUUAUGGCCAUUACCGUGGACUCCAUUUAUUUCCUCUGGUACCUUUGCUCGGACCUUGUCUACGUCAUCCUGUUUCCCCAACUCGUGUGCGUUGUGUAUUUUCGAGGGACAAAUACUUACGGGUCUUUAUCCGGUUAUAUUGUUGGCCUAUUCUUCCGUUUGUCGGGCGGGGAAGAUGCCAUUUCUAUACCAGCAUUAAUAGAGUAUCCUAUGUACAACGCUGAGACCAAAACCCAGAACUUUCCCUUCAAGACGCUGUCCAUGUUGUUGAAUCUAUUCACUGUGAUCUUUGUGUCCUAUUUGUUAAAGUACCUUUUCGAGAGUGGCAAAAUUCCCAGGCGUUACGAUUUCUUUAACUGUAUUGUAAAGAUUCCUGAGGAGAAUAUAGCCCUAGCGACGAAAGAGCCCACCAGUGAGCUAUCAGCAAUAACUCCCAUAAAGGAAUAUAAAGGCAACGUAAACCCGGCACUAAAGCUGUCCAGGGAGGACAUCAUCUCGGACUACGGAUCGUUGGCAGAGGAUUUUGUUCAACCCAGCGAGGAGAAGGCACCCAUUGAUUUUGAGAAUUCGGCUAUGCUCCACCCGACAGGAAAUUAAACAAGGCUGAUCUUAGCUCAGAAUAAAUUUGUAGUUCUCCUGUUUUUACUUUUUUACGAAACUCAUGAAGAAUUCGUAUGAGUAUGACGUUAUGCUCUGAGUAGAAAUUGUAGGAGCUUUGCCACUGUACAAGAGGCGUUACGCUGACAGUUCUAAUCACUAGGAAUAACUCGAAAUGUAGCCAAUAGGUAUGGCUAAGUACACACAUAUACCCAUGGAUUUGUUCUCUAAAAGAGCGAAAAGCAUCUUAAGAAUAUGCGUUUAAGUCGUGUGUUUAACUCAUAGCUGAUAUAUGCCAGUUCUAAAGAGGUACGAAUGCGAAUAUUUGGUAUUUACAUCCUAGACCUUCUCCAAUUAGUUUGAGAGACAAGCCCCGUUUUAGGAGUUAAAUGCGGAGUUAAUCAGCUCAUCCUAUAUACGAAAGAGAUUACAAAGAGAACUGGUAAGUAGGUCACUGUAGUGUACAAUGUACGAGCCUUACAUAUCCCGCCCGCAGGAGCGGACCUGUACAUAAAGCUUUGCUUCAUCGUGAGAUUGUGAUGUUCAUCAUUCUGUAAAUAACUCGUCAUGUGCUGACGUCAUGAAAAUAUUGUAUCUAUGUAUCUCGAAAGAAGUCUUUCAGCGUGUAAAGAGUUCACUCACUGUUGUUGAGAUGACCUUCACGGGAGAGUAGAGAUGAAAGCCUCUCAAAGAUCAUUCUAACAAAGAUGGAAUUGCAUGAUGUUCGAUGUAAAAGCGAAACAUUGUAAGACCUUGAGGAGAAUGCCUACACCUUGUAGGUGCGAAGUUUGGCAUAAAUGUGGUAGCACAUUUAUGGGAGCAAGAGCUUACAGACAUGGUAACUUUAAAUUGGUAAACCUAAUAAUUUGUCUAUGACAAGUCGAUCAUGUUUAUUCUAGAGCGAAUGUAAUACCUGCACAUGUACAUAUUUUCAUCUUCAUCAUUUGAAUGUAGUUACUCAGUUACCAUUUGUAGUGAUAUAUGUACACAUAGGAGAUGAAAAUAUCUGCCCAAUGCGUGGCACGGCCAUUUAAUAAAUUGUUGAAGCAAGUUGAAA